UGGUUCUGUGGUUUCAACAAAGAGGUUGAGUUGAGUUCAGCCAAAAUUUGAAAAUUUAUUGAGGUUGGAGCUCUAUAAUCUUUGGUUGGAGCAUUUGAGCAACCGAGCGAGCAACUGAACAACAGCAACAGUUUUAAUUUGAUGUUGCGUGAGAAACCUCCAACAACAUAUUUUGUUUAUCUUUACAUGGGAUCUUUACAAAAUGAACUGGGAGAAGUCAGAUCUUUGUGUGAAAGCACUGUCCAAGGCUCAAAACUCAUAUCUUGUGUCUGCUCCAUGGUGCGAGUUGAAAUAAAAAGGACAACAUUCAAAAGUAUUAUAGUUUGCUUAUAUUUUCCCCCUGACUAUCCAAAGUCACCACUGCUGAUUGAAUUGAGGAGUAAAACAUUGUCUGCUCGUCUUCUAGAAAAAUUGACAUGCUCUUGUGAAACAGAGGCAAAAAAAUUUCUAAAUGAGCCACAUAUUUUGAAUAUUUUGAAGUUCAUAAGAAGAUAUAUUGAUGAAACACCUUUAAUUUGUUGUUAUGAUGAAAUAAAUGAAUUGAAGUUGAAAUGUAACCUGGAUCAGGAUGAGAUAAAGUUAAAACAGAAGACUUCUUCUUUAAUUUUCAAUGUAACAGGAAACUUAUACUACUUGAAAUGUCGUAUUAUAGUACCAGAUAAUUAUCCAGAACAGAAAAUAGAGUUUUUGGAAGUUAAAACAAACUUCUCCAAUGCAUUGAAUACACAUAUCAUAGCUCAAGCAAAGGAAAUAGCAAGAAGAUGUGUCGAACCCCCAUUGAAACCGAAGAAAAAUGAUACUCCAUUCAAACCCAGCCCUUCCUUGAAGAAAAGUGUAGAAUUUCUUAUCAAUUGUGUCAAGAAUUUCCCUGAGGAAAAAUGCCAGAUCUGUGAAAAACGAUGUCUUCCUGAUGAUCCAGCUUUGUUAGAACAUGAUGAAAAAUCACCAAAGCAUGUUGAAAGAGUAUAUUGUGGACAUCUUUUUCACUUGGAUUGUCUCAUAGAUUAUAUGAAAAAGCCUCCAUUUGGUAAUAAGAAAUGUAAAAUAUGUGGACACAAAAUACAUCAUCAUAAGUGGAAUCUAACAGAUAAAUUAGCAGAAAAUCGCUGGGCUCAUGAGCAAGCUAGGGAGAGGGAGUUGGCAGAAGUGACAGAUUUUUUUAAUUAAAUUAAAAUGUGUGUUAUCCACUUGCUUUCACGUGAUUUUUUCAUUAUAUACAUUACUUGCCAUAUUUUUGAAUUGAAAUCAUUAUAUGUAACAGUUACUAUCUUCAAUAAAGUAUAUAUGUCUUUCACUAAAA